GAUCCAGGAUGCUUUGGGGCGGACGGAGAGAGGGGCAGAGAGAGUGAGGCAGAGGUAGAGAGGGUGAGUUUCUAUCGUAAGAGGAACGAAGGAACCACAGAUCCUUUUCCGUCUUGCAUUUCACCUUUAGGAAAAACGGUGAAGUGUGGAAAAGGGGCAAAAGAAAAAAAAAGGAUAUGAAAAGAACAUGAAAGAAAGAAUUCGUCAUUAAACGCACUACGAAGUUCUCUCUUUCCCUCUCUUCCUCCAUCCUGCACCUCUCUCAAUUUAAUCUUAAAUCCACUCCAAUUUCCCCCGAGGGACUCAAUUCUCUUUUUUCCUCCGUGAGAGACAGACAGAGAGGGGUCCAUUCCUCCUGGCAGAGCAACGUCAGGAAUCUCCUCUUUCUCUCUGCUCCACGCCCUCGCAUCCUCCAAACAUCUUGCCCUCCACCAUGACGCUGCUGGCCUCCGAGAGGUCACUCCUCAUCCGGAACAAGUUCCGCUCAGUUCUGCAGUUGAGGAUUCAAAACCGAAGGCUGAGUGAAAUCAAUGCAGACUCAGGUCUGAAGUCCACCUGUCCCGCUCCAAAAGCAGAGAAAGACCAGAGUGAAGCUCUGCGUCUAACCGAGGAUGGUGCCACUCAGAAGUUGCCCCCUGGUGGUCUCAAGACCGAAACUGCACAAGAGAGGACGGCGGCGUGUGGGGGCCAGAGGCAGAAGAAGGCUCGCCAGGCGCAGGACCUCACCGAGAGGAUCCAGCGUCCGCCUGGACCCACGGAGCACGAACACACACUGCCCCUAGAGAACCGUCCUGUCUCCUUCCCUCUGCCUGCUGAUGUCUUCGAAGAUGACAUCUCCUCCUCCUCCUCAUCCUCACCGCCUGAGCAGCAUGGCGCUCACCAAUCACCGGCCUUCUCCUCAUUGCCAGGGCUCUCGGGUGACCAAUUACUGAGUGACUGCUCAGCUGCGGGGCCGUCCCUCAACCAAAAUCCCAGUCUUACACAGUCUGGUUUGGCGUUGCUCCUGGCAACCGAGGGCAUCAGACAACCUAUGAGUGUAACACUCGGUGAAUCAAACUCCAUGGCAACAACCGGGAGACCAAAUGGGAUGUAUCUGAACUCUCAGGCCACACCCCUGCUGCCAAAGACAGCUCGGCCUCCCAGCCCCGCCUGCUCCUCAUCCCUGACCCCCUCCCUCAACUUCAACCAUCUUCCCCGCCCGCGGAAACCACGGGACACCAAACCCAAGAUGAAGAAACUCAAGUAUCACCAGUACAUUCCUCCGGACCAGAGAGGAGGGUCUGGAACUGGAGUGGGAGGAGCCAAACAAAAGAGCCCUACCUCUACCCAGUCUUUAGACCCAGCCUAUUCCCAACUUCUGAAACAGCAGCACGUCAUCCUCCAACUACAAAUCCUCCAGAACCAGCAGCAACAACAGCAACAACAGCUACAACAACAACAACAACAGCAACAACAGCAACAACAGCUCACUGUUGUACCCAGCGGAGAACACAGGGAUCUUGUGAAGUCUUCUGGAGCCAUGCCAGUGAAUCUCCAACCUGUUCCCGCCACAACAAACCACACCCCUAUGGACACAAACCCUGCAUCCAAACCCGAGCUUCUCCCUGCAAAUCUGGUUGACUUAACAGUGUCAGAGUUACGUCAGCAGCUGCGUAAGCGCGGCCUCCCCGUCUCCGGCACCAAGCCUGCCCUGUUGCAGCGGCUUCGUCCGUUCCAGCUUCCCCAUACUUCCCUCACUCCGGCUCCCCUCUCUCAGCUGGGUAACAGCCUUGAGCCCCUCCCUCCUCCGCUGCCCCCAAGCCAGAGCCCUGGCUCAAGCUCCAGCUCUGGACUCGACUCACCCAGCAGCAGCCCAAACCAACAGCUGUACAUCCAGGACAGGGGAGUUCCUAAUGGGAUUCUCAGCGACGCUCCAAACAGAGUUCCAAGUGGAAUUCUAAACACUGUCCCAAAUGGAUUCACAAAUGCUGCAUCAGUCAGUUUGGCAGGUGAACAGUGUGGUCUUACCACCACCACCACCACUGUCUUCUUGGCUCCUGCCAGCACCGCCUCAGGAACUCCGAGCCCCAGCCUACCCAUGUCGUCCUCCUCCCCCCUGCAAUGUGGGACUCCCUGGAGGUCUGAGACUGAGCAGCAGCAGCAGCAGCAGCAGGAGCUGAGUGUGGAGCUGGAGAUGAGGGAGAGGAUAAGGAGCAGGCCCAGGGACCGCUCCACACACAACGAGUCUGGUGGCGGAUCCCUCCAUCCGUUCCUGCAACAGGAUCCCGGAUGCUCUAGAGGGAAGCCAGAAACAGAUUCGCAGACGGAAGUGUUAUUUACACAGGUGUUUUGCUGCCAGGCGUGUGAUGUGAUUGGCCAUGACUUUGAGCUGCCAGUACAGAUUACAGCAAGUCCUGUUCAGGCAUUACCUGGUGUUCUCAGCUUGGAGGAAGAACUACAGGAGGCUAUCCAGAAAGCACAGAUGGACCCUCGGCAGUCUAUUGAUGACAUUCUGGAUGAGCCAAUUACAUGUGUUGGCUCUGUCAAUGUCUCUGAUCAUAAAUCCCCAAGCCACUCGGCUCCUGGCUCUUCUCCUUCUCCCCCUCAAACCGAUCAGCUGCAGACUACCCAGCAGCAAAACAAGGACGACAGGUUCCUGCCGUCACCUCUUUGCUCCUCUCUGUUGCUGGAGCUCCCUCCAUCUCCUGCUGUAAUAAAGCCCAGCCAGAUUGUCCCUGCGCCUCCACCACCGCUCAUCUGUACCUCCCCUCUGCCAUCCACUGGGAAGUCACGGAAACGACGGGCUCCAACGCCAUUUGAGGCGGCCGACUGGCUUGAAACGCUAACGUCUGGCUUCCGCCCUCUUACCCCACCAACCGCUCCCUUUGUUGAGUCAGACUUCAGUCUGGAUUCAGAUCUGAAUGUCAAUCGAGUGCUGGAUCUAAUGAUAGAGCAGUGGUGAAGACGUGCAAGGAGUGCAGAAAUUUCUGUUUGCAACUUCUUUGUAUGUGCAGUAGAUGAGCAUUGUUUUUGUUAAUGGUCACAAAUGGAGCAACUGUAUGCAUCCCACUGAGGGCUCAAGAUUGUGAAUAGAGGCCAUCCAUCCACCCAUCCAUCCACCCAUCCAUCCACCCAUCCAUCAUUGGCAAGCUGUCAGAUUUACUGGCUCCACACAUUGUCUAGAGCCAGGUUCAUUGCAGUGAUCAAACGUAGCUUUGGUGGGACACCGAGAGCCCAACACACACCCAGACACAGCCGAGUGCUGUUUAAAAGCACUUGGGCUCAGCCAGAAAUGGCAAACAAGCAACACAUCUGUGGAUUGACACACUCCACAGCACAAUGUUUGCUGUCCUAAACGAGAGAAAAACCUGGUGGCAUAUUAAUUUAAACAUGGUUCCUGGAUGCGCUGGGAGAAUGUUGUUUCUGACUUAUCUCCAAAACCUGUUGUCGGAUUGGGUUGAGUGUGGCCCCUAGUGUUGACUCAGUCAUUGAGUCCCAGCCAUUCAUAAAGCCCAUUCAGUGUGUAAAAGCCAGUCAGAGCACACAGCUUGUGUGUGGCUCCAGACCUUAACCCCGGUGCCAGACACACAGUCGGCAUGCAGAGGGUGAAAGCUGGCAGAAGCCACAGACAAAAAGUGUGUGUGUGCAUCUGUGCUUGUGCGAAUGAGCGAGCGUGUGUGUUAAGUGAGUGUGUUUUCAGUAUGUCUGAUUGCCAUAUAAGUGACAGUGCACACAUGGCUGCUUUUGUUUGUAUGCAGCAACAUACAAAUGCUUCCAUUGUAAAUUUAUCAGCGUUAACGCCAAAAUGCACUUGUAGUCAUUUGUCUGCUUCAGUUAAGUGUAACCAUUUGCGUGAAGUAUGAUUGAUCUGUGAGAGGAUAUGUGGGAAAGACACAGGAAAGAGGCUUUGGAUUUCUGUGUCCACUUUUUAGAGCAGACAUUUAAUUGUGGCCUCGCUGCCAGCAGGCAGUAACUCCAGAGUAGUUACCCAGUGUAAUCAUCGGAACAACCACAUUACCUUAUUCAAGUCGCCUUUCUCCAGGAGAGCAAUCAGGCAACCACCCCAAAAAUAGUCCCCAUACAAACGCACCAAUCAGCCGAGUGAGAGUUUCCUCAUCACUUUGCAAAGACAGGUGGUCAUUUUGUUCCCUGAUUAACCCCCAACAGCGUCUGGCCCACUGCUCGGUGCUUACCCUGCUACUAGCAAAGCCAGAUUUAGCGCAAUUUAUAACCCAACGCCAAAGCCACACCUGUUCACCUGGUGUAAAUUAAUUCCACACAUGUAUUAUUAGACAUUGUUAAAUCUCUGCUGUACAUUUCAAUAUAAAAGAAUGUAAUUGAUAUUAAAUGAAUAUGCACUGUAGAAUUAGCUCGAAAUAAUAUGUUUAGAGAGACUUGUCACAUGACCAGGUGAGUUUCCGACUCAAUACCAGCACAUUUUUGUAAUGCUGACAGUGAUGUUGCUUUUACAUUCUACAUGAUUGACUGGUCAUUCAGAAAUGGUUACACUCUUUGUUUGAUACCCGUUCAGUGUAUGUUCAUAACGUGAGUUAUGUCCAUUUUCAUCUCCACUUAACAUGAUGAGUGAUGAGAAAAUCUGACGGAGGUUAGCUGCCAUUAACCUCUGCUGAGUUAGAUACAUAUAAUUCAGAUACAAGAUUCUAUCGGCAUAAAAUUAUACUCGGCCUUUAAUUGGCCUCAUGUCCCAUCAAUCAUUUUGGGAAGUCCGAUUGGCUCAUUCAUGACUGGGACAUUUGUAUUAUUUGAUAACUAACUCAAAGUCCUUCUGUACUACUGUUUUAUUUAAUAAUGUUUGUUCCCUCCUCACUAAUGCACAAAAAAGUAGAACACCAAGUGCAAUAUGAUUUGUAUAAAGGGCACAGAAAAGAGAGUUCUUGAGAUCUUGGAUCAUACUAUUCUCACGCCAUGUUGUUUCUGUGCAGACAUCGCAGAGACGCUGCUUGUUGCUUGUUCUGAUGAAACCAGUGACAGCCUCACUUAGAUUAUCUGCGCAACCGCAAACCUUCAGCACAAAACUACAGCCUUGUUAUGAAGCCAUUCUUGUAUAGCUUCCACAAACAGACUAUGAAAAAUGCAGCUAGAUGCGAAUGGAUUGCCAUGAUAAUCAUGGUGAUCAAUAAACAUUGCCUGCUGCAAAAAAAAAGGGAAAAAAGGAAAGAAAAAAAAUAAAAUUGAUUGGCAGGAGAGUAAGAUGCUACCUCCUGUGACUUCCUCUGCUUUAGGGCUGAUACCAGUAUUACCCUAGUUUUUUAUUUAAUUUCCACACUGAUGCAGAGUUUCCUGUAGCACCUGUGAGACAGUCUCACUGGUUUGAUUAAAUCAAGGUUUAAUACUUCUGUUUUAAUCUUGCUUUGAAAUGUCAGCUGAGUGUUUCAGGUAACUGUGAUUCACUGGGCCACUUGCUGCUAUAAAUGCCUUAUUCUGAAAAUGUGAGCCAAGAUAAAACAUGAUUUCUUUAAUUUAUUAUGUAACUUAUUCAUGUAAAAGAUACCAAACCCUGUCCAAAAUGUAUUUAAAAAUGUUAAGAAAAUUAAAGUCUUAAUAGAUUUUC